AAUACUCCCACAAAAAGUAAUUCGCCGGUUAUUGGUCUGUAUCACCAUAUAAAUGAUGCAAUCUAAGCACGAGAGCAUAUCAUAGCUACACUGGUCUAACCUAGGAGCAUAUGGCAGCCAGAUUUCUUUCUUUAGAAUUUUUUUUUUUUUUUUUUUUGCAAAAGGAAAGAAUUUGGACAUUUUCCUAGCAGUCUCUCACUUUCAGCCGAAUGUUCAUCAUAACAUGCUUUACUCAACAUGCUUCAAUGCCAUUUUUUUUUAAAUUCUGAAAACAUACUCGUAAAUUAUGUCUCUUUUUGCGCCACAUAUCACAAUUGUCGAUAACAGAAAAGGAGACAGUUAAUUAGGGUUUAGGACUAGACGGGGGAUUAUGUUUUAGUGUAGCGCGCGUCAGCAUUCCGUCUCUUUACUGAAGUGGGCGAGACCGGAGUGGAAGAAGGGCGUCUUCUGAGAUACCGUAGGCCAGAGACUUGCUGCAAUACCUCGCCAUAUCCUUUUGAAUGUACAGCGGACGCCGAGCGCAGGCAUCCUGAGUCACUUCCCUGGCGCUGACACAUUCCUGAGCGCCGGACUGCUCCUGAGCUCAGCUGAUUAAUCCGUCUCUCCUAUGGUUUUCUGCGUACAAAAUGGCGGUGUCGGCUACGGAAAGGGACGCAAUUAAUACAGACGAUGAUCGGCUGAACAGUUCAUUUGGAAAUCCCGGUCUAAUAUCUCCGGACAAAGAAGAUACGCGACAGCUGGCAGUUCCGUUCAGUGGUCGUAUCAGAGGUGGGAUGAGACCGGGGAAGAAGAUCAUUGUGAUGGGGAUCAUAGAUCCUGAGCCAGAGAGCUUCGACAUCAGCCUGACGUGCGGCUGCGGCUCGGGGGAGAAGCCCCCCGCGGACGUGGCCCUGGAGCUGAGCGCGAGGUUCGAGGACCGGCAGUUCCUGCGCAAGGCCCGCGUCUCCGGGGCCUGGGGCGAGCCGGAGAAGCCCAUCCCCUACUUCCCCUUCAUCGAGGACCAGCCUUUCCGGAUCGAGAUCCACUGCGAGCACCAGCGCUUCCGGAUAUUCGUGGACGGGCACCAGCUCUUUGACUUUUACCACCGCGUGGCGUCCCUGCCCGCCAUCGACACGAUACGGAUAAACGGGAGCCUGCAGAUCACCAAGCUGGGCUGACCCGGCCCGUCGCCCGUCCGCGGGGGGAAGGGAGAGCUCUCGCCCAGGUGAAGACUUGCGUGUCUCUCUCCAACACAUCGUCCAAAGCUGCCAUACAGCGGACUGAGAAAAAAAAUACAUUCACGAUGACAUCACCGUCUCUAACCACGCCCCUCACACCCCCCCCCCCCCCCCACCCCCCACCCCGCCCCCGCAUUCACUCACGUGUUCCAAAGUCUACUGGCUGACUUUAGAUUUUUUCAUAUCUCAUAUCUCAUAUCUGGGCACGUUGCCUCCCUCUCUAAGCUUGCGGACAAGCGGUUGCAUUGUGCAGUCGCUUGUCUUGGCCGUAAGAAAAAACGUUUUUUGCAUAACUAGUCGGUUUGUUUUGUCAGGGACAACACAAUGUAACGUGUGCAAAUGCUGGCAGAGCACACUUCCGGAACAGUUCAAUUUCUGAAGAAAAUAAUCAUUGAGUGCAUUUUUCUUUUGUAUUAAUGAAAACACGUACGCCGUAAAAUGUCCAGUGUUUACUCAGCUCUUAACAGAGUGCAUGUGAGUCCGAUAGGAACACUCUGUACGCUGUAAGAGCUGAUUUAACACUGAGCAUUUUACUGUGUAGGUUCUCAGGAAUAAAAUAUCUACAUAUGUAUUUAUUUGUCUAAAUGUAUUUAAUAAUCAGUGAGGAAGAAGACAAAUGGUAGACUAUUUAUGAAGAGUUAUAAGUCGGGAUCUGUUUAGGAUUGGAGUGUAAGAUGUGUUCAAACAAAAGUAACCCUUCCUAACUGUACUUCAAAAUGAAGAGCUGCAAUUUAAAUUGAGUCAACUGAAGUGAAAGCAAAUAGGAUAUUGAAUCAGCACCAUAGUUAUAUUGUGAAGUCUCUUAUCAAUAUGUAGCAGUUUUUUUGUUAAUGUUGUAGAUAUGAAAUUAAUCAGCGCAUAUCAUUACAAUCUUUUUUUCCCCUCAUUGCAGCCGUUGAUUUCCUGCACUGAUUCAAAGGUGCGCUCUGGAGCACUUGUCUCUUUUCAAGUAGAGCUGUCUUUUCAGAGUCCUAAUAAUGGCGAACAGACUCUUGAUGUUUCUCUUGAUGGGGUUGGUUUGAGAAACCACUACACUAAAUGAUCGACUCACCCACUAAUGAAGAAUUACCAGCCGGCACUCGAGUGAAUGCCCUUUUGCUUCUCAGUGGCUUGUUGGCGUUUGUCGAGGACUAUUCAUUAAGAACAGGGUUAAAUAUGCAAUUAGAGGGUUCAAUUCCCCCAAAGCGGCCAUCACUUGACUGUUAUUAACUUUGUUGAACAGUACUUUGAAUGUACAGUGGAAUGUUGCGUACUUCAUGAAAGUGUUUGAAAAUGAGGACACGAUAGUGGUUUUAUCACAGCUUUGAUUAUGUACAUACCCAAUGUGGAUGAAGCAGGCAUUUUAUAAUGCAACCACUCUCUUUUCACUUAUGAUUUCUCACUUGAGCAGAUAAAUAAACUGCAUACACCAUGGCAUUAGUUAGAAACUGCAGUGUCACAAGUGUUUGUAAUUCAUAUUACAAAUUAACGAGUAUUUCCUUCUUUCAAAGUUUACAGGCAGUUCCAAUAACGCUUUGUGAUUGUGAUAGUUUAAAAAAAAGAACUGAGAUACAGGGUUGUGUGUUCUUUGAAUGUCUCUUCUUGACCUGUAAUUGAGGUAAGCGGGUGGGAUUUGUUGUGUAGUUAUGGGCAAAGAAUUUCUUGCCUUCCUCUUUUUUUAAAAAUCAGCUACUUAAAAACUUUGAAUUUCCUUUUUACAGUCAUUCCAUACAGUACUGUAGCACAGACCUCCUUGUUCAUGCAGUAUACUGCAUUGUUCAUGUCUUUUUAUUAGUCUGUCGGCAAACACGGGGUGUUUACUGCUGACAGAGGCUGGUCGUGUCUCAGCUUUAAGCCCUUGUCCUUGGUUCACCUGCCGAAAUGAUGCUACAGGACGCGGGAAAUCACCGGAUGUGAGGUGCUUGCGUCUUCGCUUCUUGUUUUUAGUGCAUGCGCUGACCUGGUGAUAGGCCUUCUGUUUGCAUUCUUAAUACAACAACCGCAGUCCUACAGUGCGUUCCCACUGGAAAUCUAUUAAUAGUAUAUGAAUAACUCUUCUUCUGCAAGGUUCUGGAAAAGUUUUCUCUAAAAGAACGGCCAUUCUAGUGCUUGCGUAUUUCUCUUCGGGAAGUUCCUGCUUUGUUUUUUUUUUUGAGUGUUUGAUUAGAUCGGGUACUGCGGGGGUGUAUGGCAGAGUUUGAAUACCGUGUUAUCGCUUCUGAUUAUACUGGCCUGUGCCCGUGACCGUUAGUAGCCAGGUCGCGCACAGCUGCGGAAAGCGGAGAUCGCGGGUUAUUGUAAGCCGGUGCGCGUGCACUCCCCUCUCCAUUCGUUGACACGUAACCGGAGACGUGAUUGGGGUUGAUUAAGUGCAUUGUUUAGCCCUUGUCUGGUCCUCCGCCGUCUCUAGUUUCUCUAUCGGGAUCAACCAGCUGACCGAUACUCUUCCUGUGGGAGGAACUCAGCUUUGAAUUUUUUUUUUUUUUGAUGCAUUCUUUUUUAAUAUUUUUUAUUACUGGGUUACAGAACAUGGUGGCUGCUGGACUCUGAUCGUUGUUGUUGUCGCUGUUAAUCAGCUGUCUCUGGACAGACUCCAUUCCUCUUUUUGACUGGAAAUAAAGUUCAGUGUACUGUGGAUAAGUUGUGACAUACGUACUAUAAAAGGUUGCAAAAAAUAAAUAUGUCCAUUCCCAGCUUUGGAUAUAUCGAUUUGAUUGAAAGUGCGAGAUUGAAAACAUUUCCUUGCCCCCAUGACCAGUUUUCUGUUUGUGAAGUCUGGUUAAUAAAUAAUAAUAAUAAAUAUUACACUGUCACAUGCAGUUUGGAUUAAGAUUGGCCAUCUUGAAAGUGUCUGUGCUCAUGUGUGCCAGACCUGGGUCAAAUAAUUAUUUUACAUACUUAAACCUUUCAGACACCUGUAAAAUCCCUGCCAGAUUAGUGAUUAUAAAAUAAACACCUGUUUUGCUUUCAUUUGACUGUACUGCAGUAAAUAAAACGUUUCACUGAAAACUCUCUGGGAUCUACACAUUUUACCAGCCUCUAAAGAGUUUUUAAGUUUUUCAGAUAUGCGUUUGAGGUCUAAUGCCUGAACGCACAUGUAUGAAAAUACUAAAAUCCAUAUCAUUUUAUAGACUUGCGCACAUGGCCAAAAAACCCGAGAGAAACUCAUCUUCCCCCAUCUCUUAUUUCUCCUGGUUUCCAUUUUAUGCUCCCUCGGUGAGAGUCUAAACAUUUCACUUGAGCAGCUAAAGCAAUGACCCGCCUCAGCGAAUGCAUCAUUGAUCGUCGUAGGCAGUGUGGAAUAGGUGGUAGGAGUUUUUCAAAAAAUUUUUAUUCUGUUUAUUUUUUUAAAACAAAAAAGGUUUUUUAAUGGCAGGAAAAACACAAGAAAGCGCUAUUGACAAGCUAACAGGACACACCCCAGCAGUGUUCUUGAGCAGUGUUUCCCGAUCUGUGGGUCAGGAAAGGGGUUGAGUUGGGUUACGAGAUGCAUUUUGGAUAUAUGAUGCUAUUUACAGUGUACAUGCUCUGGUUUUGACAUAUGAUUUAAAAAAAAAAAAAAAAAAAAGUCAUUCCAUAUUUUAAAACACCAUAAGCUGCUUUUUAAUAAGGUGUGAGCCACAGGAAGUGUAUUAACUCAUUAAGGGGGGUGCCGGUCUAUGGAUUUUUAGGAACUGCCUAGUUUUUAUUUCGUGCUGUUUUUUUUGAUGCAUCAGCUGAGCAGUUUUGUAAUAAUGUAGAUUAGAUCAUGGAUCAUGUGACUGAGGGGAGGGAGGAGGAGGAGGAGGGGGGAGGGAGCGGGAGGGGCGGAGGGAGGGGGGAGUGUUCACUGUGGUGCUGCUGCUGUUUACACAAGAACGUCCUGUAGGUCUGGACCUCAGAGAGAUAAGAGAAAAGAGCAGGAAGGCUUGGCUUGCGUUCUUAUGCUCAUUUUCAGACCAGGCUUUAAAAAGGGCCAGUUAGAUUCAUUCUUUACCCUGAUUCUCCUGAACCCAAUUGUAGGCCAACAUCCACUGAAUUACAGUAUAUUGCCUAUGAUAAGAAAUCCUAAACAAUUGAAAAGUGUGUUUUUCCUCACUUGAAUUUUUGAAGUAGUUUGAAGAUUUUAAAAAAGUUUACAUUUUUGUAUUUUAAACACAUAUGUUACAAGUUGAAAGCGACAAAAAUAGCUGGAAUGUAUCUGUACGAACUAUAUUACUGCAACUAGUUUCAAAUGACCCAACAGUGUGGUUGAAGUGCUGACUGGAUUAUCGCAGACCUUCUAUUACUUGGUAGGAAAAACUGUGUUUCAGAGCAGGGGACAGCGAGUACGGUAGUCUGGAUUGUAAUAAAGCAUGAACUUUCUUUGUUCUCAUCGCCCUCAAAUAAGUAUUGUGCUAUUAUUGACACUACAUCGAAAAGGGCCUCAAAACCAGGUCUUGUCAGUUCAAAUGAAUGUCACUGGCUCUGGCUAUACGCAAGUGUGGCUCUGUUAAUUGUUGUACAAUCAUGAUUCUUUUUCUUUUUUUUCCUCAGUGGUAAUGAAUGCCUUUUCCAUCUAUGAAGUAGGUACAGUGAGCAUGUUAAAAUGUGGCAUAAUGCAAGGAAGACAAUACAGUACAUUUCUUUGUGACCAAAUUAUUUAACCAAUCGGCUUCAUAAGACGCAUUUCUCAAGGCUAUAAUUAGCUAGUUAAUUCAUCAUUAUGACAGGCACUUUCAUAAAGUAAGUGUGUGACCAAAUACAGAAAUUGAAUGAUAUACAAAAGAAAUGUUGUACUCAUGUAUAAAUUGCAAACCCAAUGACGGUCUUUUCCAGAUCUGGUGGCGAUUGUUGUUCCAGCAAUGUAUAGAGUUACCUUGCAUUGUACCAUAAUAGUGCAGCUAUGCUUUCUGUACAAAUAGCCUUUCUGUAAAUAGGCUCGAUUUCCACUUGUAGCCUGACUGAGUGAACGGACCAUAGAGGUGCUAUUAUCUUUUUAUUUAUUUAGUUUUAGUUUUGUUUUUAUUCUGUCAUCUCCUCCUCAAUAAAGUGCAAAUUUGUGAAACCAUU